GCGGGGCCGGGGGGCGGGCGGGGGACACCGACCGUGAGGGGAGCCCCGUGAGGGGACCCCGCGACGGGCCGGGAGGCACCGCGGGCCCCCCGCGCCCCGCCCCGGGAAGAGGAGGAGGAGGAGGCGGCGGCGGCGGCGCGGCGGGGCCUGGGAAUGUGGCGGCCGCGGCGGCUCUGAGCCCUCCCUCCCUCCCUCCUUCCCCGCCGCCAUCGGCCCGGCCGCCAUGGAGCCGCGGCGGUGACAGCGCCGACCCGCAGCGCCCGCCGCCCGCAGACAUGGAUGAACAGGAGGCCUUGAAAUCCAUCAUGAAGGACCUGGUGGCUCUCCAGAUGAGCAGACGUCACAGGCUGCCUGGGUAUGACACCAUGAAGAACAAGGACACUGCUCACCCCAACAAACAGAAAAAACACAACGCCAGCAGCCCCCCCCUCCUGGGCAGCCCUGCAAUAACGACCCAGUGUGCCUCUGCCGUGGAAGAAAAAAAAAUUCCGAAUGACGUCAGGAUAAAGUUUGAGCACAAUGGGGAGCGAAGGAUUAUCCCGUUUGUCCGGCCCGUGCGCUACGAGGACGUGCAGCAGAAAGUGAAAACAGCCUUUGGGCAGCCCCUGGACCUCCACUACAUGAACAACGAGCUCUCUAUCCCUCUGAAAAACCAAGAUGACCUGGAUAAAGCUGUGGAUCUCUUAGACAGAAGCUCUAAUGUGAAAAGCCUUAGAAUAUUAUUGCUGUCCCAGGACAGAAACCAUACCAGUUCUUCACCCCAUUCUGGACUGCCCAAACAAGUCAGGAUUAAAACUUCCCAGUCUGUGGGGGAUGUGAGCACACCCUACCAGCAGCCAGAACCCAGAAGUAGGCAUCUGUCUGUCAGCUCCCAGAACACGGGCAGGAGUUCCCCCCCUCCGGGGUACGUUCCCGAGAGGCAGCAGCGAAUCGCUCGCCAGGGCUCCUACACCAGCAUCAACAGCGAGGGGGAGUUCAUCCCAGAGACCAACGAGCAGUGUAUGCUGGACCCUCUAAGCAGUGCUGAAAACUCGGUGUCAGGAAGCUGCCAGUCCUUGGACAGGUCAGCAGACAGUCCCUCUUUUCGGAAGUCCCGGAUGUCGAGGGCCCAAAGCUUUCCUGAUAACAGACAGGAGUUCUCAGACCGGGAGAAUCAGAUCUACGACAAGGCAGGGAAGGGUGGGACUUACCCUCGGCGCUACAACGUCUCCAUGCAGCACAAGGACUACAACGAUGGCCGGAGGACUUUUCCCAGGAUACGGCGUCACCAGGGGAAUUUGUUCACCUUGGUCCCUUCCAGCCGCUCCCUGAGCACCAACGGGGAGAACCUGGGCCUGGCCCUGCAGUACCUGGACCCGCGGGGCCGCCUGCGCAGCGCCGACAGCGAGAACGCCCUGGGGGUGCAGGAGAGGAACAUCCCCACCAAAUCUCCAAGUGCUCCCAUAAACUGGCGCCGAGGGAAGCUGCUGGGCCAGGGCGCCUUCGGCCGCGUGUAUUUGUGCUAUGACGUGGACACGGGCAGGGAACUCGCAGCCAAGCAGGUCCAGUUCGAUCCAGAGAGCCCUGAAACGAGCAAGGAAGUGAGUGCCCUGGAGUGUGAAAUUCAGCUGCUGAAGAACCUCCAGCACGAGCGCAUCGUCCAAUAUUACGGCUGCUUACGGGACCGGGCAGAGAAGACCUUGACCAUCUUCAUGGAGUACAUGCCAGGGGGGUCGGUGAAGGACCAGCUGAAGGCGUACGGAGCCCUCACGGAAAACGUCACCCGCAAAUACACCCGGCAGAUCCUCGAGGGGGUCUCCUACCUUCACAGCAACAUGAUUGUGCACAGGGACAUAAAGGGAGCCAAUAUUCUCCGGGACUCUGCUGGCAACGUGAAGCUGGGGGACUUUGGGGCCAGCAAACGGCUGCAGACAAUCUGCAUGUCUGGGACAGGCAUCCGCUCCGUCACCGGCACCCCGUACUGGAUGAGCCCGGAGGUGAUCAGCGGGGAAGGCUACGGCAGGAAAGCGGACGUUUGGAGCCUGGGCUGCACCGUGGUGGAAAUGCUGACGGAGAAACCCCCCUGGGCCGAGUACGAAGCCAUGGCCGCCAUCUUCAAAAUCGCCACCCAACCCACCAACCCCCAGCUGCCCUCCCACAUAUCAGAACACUGCCGGGACUUCCUAAAGCAGAUCUUUGUGGAAGCCAGGCACAGACCCUCUGCUGAAGAGCUGCUCAGACACCAGUUUGCACAGCUCCAGUACUGAAUUACCUCCCUCGCUCUCCGGGCCCCGUCCGGUCUCGUCGCCACCGCCCGUCGCGGUGCCGCGUCUUCGAAACGCCGACUCGGCUGGCCUAGUCCUUUGGGGAAGUCAUGCCAAGGAACUUGGGGGUCUGCUCUCGUGCCUGAUUCCUUAAGUGUGCUGGACUGAUGUUCAUCCUGCCAACGGCUGGAUUUUUUUUUUUUUUUGCCCUGACCUUGCAGCUGGAUGUGACCUCCUGCAGGCCCGGGAAGGGGAAGGGGAAGAAAUCUGAACCCAGGUGGGAACUGGGAGAGCUCCACUCUGCAGAACAGAAACAACCAACAGCCUCCAGAGCAGCUCUUGUCUGUUUGAAUCCCUGCUUUCCAGCCAGGGGCUCCAGAGGUGUCUCCAGUCCCUGGAUCCAGCCCAAAGCCAUGUGUCAUGGAGCAUGCACUCGCUAUAGUAGGAUAUAUUUUUCUUCUUAAGUAUUCAGCAUCUGAAGGUGUUCACAGAAAAUACUGAUUCAGAAGUAUGUGAAUAGUGAUGUUUUAUAAUGAGCCCAUGGAUUUUUGGGGUGGGGGUGAGGGAGGUCUUUCUAGCCAAAUGUCAGGAUAAUCAGAAAAGUUUCAGCAGAGUGCAAUCGCUCCGGGGCCUGAGGGAAGGACUCUCCUGCUGAUGCUGGAAAAUCCAGAGCUCGAUUUCCAAGGCUUGAUCUGCCCCAGCAUUGAGGCAGUGUCAGUUUGUGUCCUCAUAGCCAGCAAAUCUGUGCUCCUGCUUCUCUCCCUGGGGCUGCUGGGUCCAAACAAAACCCCUCUGGGGAGGGAGUUGUGCAGAGGAGUUUCCUGCUGCAUCCAUCCCUCUUUCUGCCUGGUGACGUUGUGCCAUCCUUUAAACCAAAGAUAGUCCAUCUGGUGCCCAGGAAUUUCCUUCAGCCUUUCUUUGAGCACCUGACUAAUGGAAAAUGGAGGUUUUUUCGUGGGUAAAUUAGCUGGACACUCGGUUGUUUUUUUUGUGCACAGGAAGUUGGGAUCGAGCUCAGCCCUUCGGUGGGGUUUGUUUUAUGGGUAUGCAAGUGGUUAUUUUAAGACUUCCAUAAAUGCCCAAUUUAAAUAAGCUUUUUAGGAGUUUAGUCAAACAAGGAACCAGAGAGAAUAUCUAAAAUUACCUGGAGAUCCCCACAGAGGUGCCAGCAAAACAUACCCAAGUGAUUUUGCUUUUGAGAGGUACCACGAGUCUGAGGAGUGAGUUCCUGAUGCCCUCAAACCCUCUCAGUUGGUUUGGGCACCAAUAAUCUGUGUGUCACUCAUAAAAGACCAUCAGUUUUUAAGUGCUGAGGAUUCGUGGAGUAAUUCUAAGUUACCUCUGAGAAAUGAAACUGAGAAAAGCAAAUGUUAAUUAGCUAAAAUGUUGCUUUAUAAGGCAACAAUCAAGGUGUUCUGCUCUUGUAUUGGGAACCACAUUAAGGCUCCACACACCUCCACUCCUCUCCCCCAUAAAAACUUGAAAAUUGCUUCAUAAUGCAGUAAAAUUAAG